CACUAAUUGUGAAAUUAAGAAUAAUUCUUUUUUUUUUCUGUUAAAAACAUCAUAUUAUUCGGUUGUGAUCUUGAAGCUGGAUUAUAAAUGAAACAUACUUUUUUCGAUACACAUGUUGUCGUGUCUCAAAUGAUUGAAACUAGAAUUAAACCAAGCCAUACAAUAUAAUAUGUUUAACUAGAUAAAAAAACUAUCUAUUUGUCAACAUGGCUCCGCGUAUCAUCUUGUUGUUUAGUGGCAAAAGGAAGUCUGGGAAAGAUUACUUGACAGACCACUUGCAGAAAUUACUGGGAGACCGAUGUGAAGUGAUAAAGAUAUCUCAGCCUAUAAAGAGUCAUUGGGCGAAGGAGAAGAACUUGAAUCUGAAUGAGCUGCUGAGCGACAGCGAGUACAAGGAGCAGCACAGAUUGGAAAUGAUAAAGUGGAGCGACGAGAUGAGAGACCAAGAUUAUGGCUGUUUCUGUAGAGUUGCUUGUCAAAAUGCCGCAGACAGACCCAUAUGGAUAGUCAGUGACAUCAGACGCAAAACUGACAUCUGCUGGUUCAAAGAAACCUACAGGGACCUCAUCAGAACUAUACGCAUAACUGCAGAUGAAGAUACCAGAGUCAAAAGAGGAUACAAAUUCAAGGAAGGUAUUGACAAUGUCACUUCAGAGUGUGACUUGGAUGAUUAUACUCUGUGGGACCUGGUCAUAGUUAAUGGGAAAGGAAGAGAGCAACUGCAGGAGCAGUUAGGCAGUAUUCUGGGAUUAUUAUCCCACUUAUGAUUUAGAUCUGACUGUGAAGUUAAAUAUAAGAUUGGUAUGGUAUUUCACUGUUUGUUUACAGUACAUUUUACUGUAGAGACUUAUUUUUAUAUAAGCAAAGAAGGAGUGUUUGUAUUUUAUUCAAUGUUUUUGAAAUGAAAAAUGAGGCAGCGGAAUAAAUACACUUUAAAAGUACAGAUUGGUAAAGUUGUGCGGUGAUUUUUUAGUUAAAGGUACCUGAGUUUUGGGACUAUCUAACUAAUAUGGCUGAACGACUCAGAGGGUCUUGGCCUCUGAAACGAGAGCACGCUACUUUUCCCGAUCCUGCGCCGUUUCCUGCUGAUUAUCGGCUUGAAGCUGACGCAGAUCUGCUUCCACACUGAUGGAAUUUUGGAACUAAAACUAAUUUAUACAUUCCAUCUUUACUUAUUUAAUUUAUUUAACAUUUAACAUAAUACAUACUUACAUGUUUCAUGCAGCAGAGCCUUGAACCAGGCCGUAGCUGUCCAUAAUAAUUCAUACCACCCACCUUGGAUAGUACUAACCUAUAAAUAGUACUAUGUCAUAAUUAAUUUAUCGAUCUACAAUGUCCUAUUUAUUUGUUUUAAUUUUUAUUAACAUAAUACAUACUUACAUGUUUCAUGCAGCAGAGCCUUGAACCAGGCCGUAGCUGUCCAUAAUAAUUCAUACCACCUUGGAUAGUACUAACCUAUAAAUAGUACUAUGUCAUAAUUAAUUUAUCGAUCUACAAUGUCCUAUUUAUUUGUUUUAAUUUUUAUUAAUUUUUUAGAAAUGUAUCUUUACCGCAUGUUUUUUGUUGUAAGAUACCAGGUAUAAUUAUAAAAUCUGGAGGACAAUAGAGACCCAUUGUUUCUCGUAAAGUUUUAAGUCAUAAAUGUCAUAAUGUAUUGUUUGUCCGAAUUUUCGUUAGUCAUAAUUUGGUUUUUCUCAGAAACGCGUAAAGGAUUGCCAUAAAAUAAACCUAACCUAACCUACACCAGUCACUGACAUUAUUAUUGACAACGACGGGACUUAAUCGCGUAAAAUAAGUUUUAAAUUUACCUCCGACGUUUCGAGGACGGCGUUGUCCCCGUGGUCUCGGAGAAGACUGGCUCAAGUUGACAUCAACAUCUAGGCGCGCGAGUUCUUCGAACUACCCGCACUUGGUCUUGUUUAUUAACUUGAACGUUUUGCGCACUAGAGAUUGCUGUGCCAGCACUCACAAAUUCGAUUUUUCAACUUUCGACACUGACAUUGUCAAUACUGACAUAUUAUACGCUAACGUCUACGUAAUUUACUUUCUAUACAUCUCGCUCGCACGAAUCUGUCAGUACGAGCGAGAUGCAUAGAAAGUAAGUUACGUUCACGCUAGCGUUUAUGUCAGUGCCAAACUGGUGGUAGCCACACUAACCCAUCUACAGGAUAACCUUACGAAAAUCCUGAAAUGUUAUCGGUUUCAGAAUUAUGACUAAUGAUAAUCUGACGAUCAUUACUUUAUCAUUGCUUUUUUUAAUAUAUAUAAAUGAUCUGCCCAAAGCCAUUUCCCACCCUAUGAUCUUGUUUGCUGACGAUAGCACCUCUAUUAUUCAAUGCAGUAACUCGACUAAUUAUGAAAAUGAUAUAAAUAAUGUAAUAACUGACAUAAUAUUGUGGCUUAGUAAUAAUAAUCUAGUAAUUAAUUUGACCAAAACGAAUGUAAUGCAUUUUUAUCAACGAAUUGAACCAAUGGAUAUGAAUAUUAAUUAUAAUGAAAAUAUCAUAGACUGUAGAAGAGACUAAAUUUCUAGGAUUGCUCAUUGAUAGCCAGUUUACCUGGAAAUAUCACAUAAAUGACGUAUGUAAGAAAUUAAGUAAGUCAGCGUUUGCUCUAUUCAAGCUUUCCAAAAUAGUGAAUAAUGAAGCUUUAUUUGUUGCCUGUCAUGGACUUGUCGCGUCGGUACUACGGUAUGGAGUAAUUUUUUGGGGCAAUGCAGCUGAUAAAGACGCAGUACUAAAGGCCCAAAAGCGGUGUGUACGUUCGAUGUGUAGCUUAAAAAUGAUGGAUAGUUGUAUCCCAUACUUUAGAUCACUGAAUAUCCUAAACUUGCCUUGUCUAUAUAUUUUGGAAAUUGCUGUUUUUGUGAAAUCGAAUCCAAACCUUUUUGAUACAGUUGCCGACACACGAAAGCUCCCUGUACGAUCUCAAUAUAAACAUGAAUUAUGCCAUAAAGUGUGUAAAACAGCCAUGGUGCGCAAAAGUGUAUUAGGAAUGGCACCUCAAAUAUUUAAUAAAUUUCCGAAUACUAUUAAAGAAUUAAAUAUUGCACAUUUUAAGGAAACAUUAAAAUCACUGCUAAUUCAAAAAUGUUAUUAUAGUGUACAGCAGUUCUUGAACGAUAAUGAUUUAUAGUGUAUUUUAAUAUUGACAUUAUUUAAUUGUAUUAUGCCCUCUUUAAAAUUUACGUUGUUGACAUCAUUUAAUAUUUAUUGAUUUUUUAAUUAUUUGCAUGUGUAAUUAAGUAAUUUAUAUGAAAAAAUUCGUACGCCUACCGGCAAAACAUAGUGAUCGCA